AUGUGUUGUACCAGAAUGCCUUUAGUUAAAUGAUCCUCUAUUUCAGAUAAUUAUAGUGGGCAUGGUCCUGAGCCAUUUUGAAAUUUUUGGGUUGCUUAUUUCCUCAACAAAUCAGUUUACUGAACCAUUUAGCUGUGUGUGUUUACAAGGUUCUAUUAAGAAAUUCUGGAUUGCAUGAUUUCAGCAAGAAUUAUGCCUUUAUCUUCCAGGGUUGAGUGUUAAGAACUGUGGUAGGAAUCUACCACAGAAAGAAAAUGGUGUUUUCACAGUACAGCAAAAAAUCUUUGAUUAGCAAAAGUUACUUUCGGCAUUAUCGCCUCUGAUCUUUAUGUCUACACAUAACACAUAACACAUGUCUGCAAACACAUGAAAUCUGUUUAUUGCAGACAAUUGAAAUUAAGGAAUAUGAUAUGAACAGAUACAAUAUAGAGAGCAAAAAUACACAUUGUCAAGUUCUGACAGCAUAUUACAUGUCUCAAGUUAUAAUCUGGUGAACCAUCAGGAGGUGAACUUAUGUGAGAGUGCUCUUUGGUGUAUUGUAUUAGGGCACCACCUUGUGGUGUUUAUUUGGUAAUGCAGUGUUUGAAAGAAAAGGGCUUUGGUUUGCAUCAAAAUCUGUAUGUUUUCAACUUUGUGCUGCUCGUGAGACAAAAGAAUAUUGCUGACUGCUGCCAACUGCUGACCAGUUUCAUAUUAGGUUACAAAUUCAUAAUUUCAUUUCAUAUCUAUUCAUCAACCUUAAAAAGACAUAUGCAGGAAAACUGCUGAAACUGUCAUUUAUGCCCUAAAUUAUUGAUUAGAUGGGGGAAAAAGCUGACAGCCAUUUUGCAUUGGAUAAAUAUUAUUCUAUCAGUGACUUUGACACAACGAAUAAUUUGAGAGAAUUGGAUAUGUUGAUAUAAUUUAACUCCGGGGGGAAAACAAACACUGGCUUUGAGUAAAGGCCUAAUAUUUCUACAAUGUAUAAAAUAAGUAGUCUUACAGAUUUAGUUCUUAAAUGGAAAUGCUGACAGCCUUUGCAGGGCUGAUAUUUGUUGCAGUGAUAGAUGAGAGCGGAGGGGGGGAAGAAAGCUUGCUGUAUAAACAGGAGUUCGGAAAACAGCCACCCAAUUGUUUUGCUUAUGCUCUUGGAUGUGCAUGCUGUUUCCCCCUUGAUAUUACAUACCAUUCCAUUUAGAGCGAUGGCAGCCCUGAUGCAACUGCCAAAGCAAAGCUCUGCUUCCUAUUGGGGAUAGGAAUAACUUAGACAAUUACAUGAUAGUUAGAAAGAUUACCAAGUGUACUAAUGCAGAAAUGUCUUGAUCUGAACAGUAAACACUCAAAUUCAAAAGGAUUUACAGUGACAAUUGUUAUAAUUUGAGAAUUUUUGUAAAAGCACUGAAGUGCUUACUUCUUUAAAUCAAGGGUUUACAGUUACAUUCCAGGGCUCCCUGGCCUGACUCUCUUUGUCUUUGUUUCAAUAAAGGUAAUAUUGGUGAUACCCAAGACAUUGUGAAACAACAUAAGAGAUGGAACCAGAAGCUGAAGACCCAGACAACAAUGAUAACUUGGUCCCUUGGUCAGGUUCAGAUGGUUCCCAGGAACUGUGUGUCUCUGAGUCUUUGGCAGAGUCCUUCUAUGAAGAUGAUGCUAGUGAUGCAGAGUACCCUUUGGACCAUCAGCCUGCUCAUAUUUCCAACUCUGGGUCCACAGACCACCUUCAAUCACAUGACUGGGAAUCUGCAGGUGAGCAACAGUCCCUGCCUGAGUUCAGUGGAAGUGAAGAGGAUGUUGCAUACCAAGAAGACGAUGACAUCUACCUUAAUGAAUCAAUUGAGUCCAUCACAGAAACUCCUCACAUCCAAACCCCACGAACAUCACUGUCCCAACACCCACUGCACCCGGAUGGAGAGUCUAAAGCUGGCCAGAUAUCAAGGCCGCAUUCCCAGUCAUCCUCCUCCUCUCUUGGCCAUGCUGCUGAUAUGACCCUGGCCUUGACCCUGACCACAGAACAACCCCUGGGAGCCAGUAAUAGACACAGCCUGGGCACUGGGAACAGGAGGGUCGAAUCCUCAGAGGAAGGAGGGAGCAGUGAAGCACCUCCUGCUUCUGUCUUCUUUGGAAUUUCAAACGAGGGUGCUGAGCAGGCAGAGAAGUGGAACUCGGAGUCUGACACAGAUCUGUGCAGACCGGACAGGCUCAGAGCAAGGCACACACGGCUCUGUCACAACGAGAGCCAAUCAGAAAGACAGGUCAAGGAGACCAAAUCUAAAUGUAAGCGAAUUGCUCGGCUUUUGACAAAUGCACCAAACCCUCAAAAUAAGGGAGCCUUGCUGUUUAAGAAACGCCGCCAGAGGGUCAAGAAGUAUACACUUGUGAGUUACGGAACUGGUGAUAACAAGCUCGACAGUGAAGACCAAAUAGAGGAGGAAACUGAGGAAGUCAGAUCAGCUGGGUAUAACUUCAGUGAUUCUGAAUUAGAAGAAGAGUGUUCUGUUCAUCACCAGCAGUAUAAUUUGAGUCUGAACUGGGGAAGUGUUCGAGAGAUGGAAGCUUUACCAGAAACUAAAGGGAAGGGUGUUUUGAUGUUUGCCCAACGCCGCAAACGGAUGGAUGAAAUUGUGUCGGAGCGUGAAGAGCAGAGGAAUAAAGGAAAUCCUGUGGAGAAUUUAACAGAACCUGAAUCUAAAGAAGCACAUAAUAUAUAUGACACUAAGGAAAUGUAUGCGCAUACUGACCAGGCUAACUACAUGGAUGUAAAUGUCAAACAGCACAUGGAAUACCAAGAAAAUUUGGAACCGAUGAACCAGCUAUCCAAUGUGUCAAGACCCUUGGUGCCAAACAGAACUGCAAGGCCUUUCCUAAGAUUGCAAGAUGGCAUGACUGCUCCUGUCAUGCCUGGUGGCAUUGCUCCAGUGACAAAGACCCAUGAACCAAGAUUCAGAGUACCUGUGCCUAUCAAUACUAACCCACAGGUUUGGUCCCCAACUGGUGACAUCAUAGCCUCAAGAGAUGAGCGAAUAUCCGUGCCAGCAAUCAAGACCGGCAUCCUACCAGAGUCAAAGCGGAAAGUCGCUAAUAAACAGCCAUCUAUGAUGGCACAAGAUGCUCACCUUCAAAACAAAGGGGAUAGGAGGUCCUAUAUUGAGUCAGAGGAAGACUGUUUUAGUCUUGGUGCUGAAGCUUGUAACUUCAUGCAACCGAGAACAAUAAAACUCAAGAAUCCCCCUCCAGUUGCCCCAAAACCUACUAUUGAUCCUAACUGUCCACCUUGGAUGAGGAGGAGCCCAUCUGGUGAACCCUAUAUUCCCCCAAGAAGUCCGGUUUCACAACCUUCUCACAGUCCUGCAGGGCCUCAUAGUGAGCAUUACUUACAGCAGCGAGAUUGGGCUCAACGUCAACAGAUGGCCAACCAUUGGGCACCAGAUCAAACUCAGGCAACACUUCAAACACCUGCCAAUGCCUGGGCUCCUGUCAACUCCUCCUCUCAGCUUCAUCUUCAGCCAACCACAAAUAGCUGGAGUCAACAGCCACAACUGUCCCCUGUGAGUAUGCACGCCCGCAGCCCUACUUACAGCCCACAUCAUCCACCUUCACCCUCAAGAAGUAAACCAGACAGUGCACCCCACUCAGUUACCUCUUGCCCCCCACAAGCAGGAAAGCCAUACAUCCAAGCAUCCAAAGCACCACAGGCUUCUCCUAAAGGUCGAGUCUCAGACAGAGGUAUCGAUCGAGCUGGUCAAGGUUCAACAAUGGCAGGAAAAGGUGCAGAGUUGUUUGCCAAAAGACAAUCCCGUAUGGAGAAGUUUGUUGUUGAUGCUGAAACAGUGCAAGCUAACAAAACGAGAUCACCCUCCCCAACCUCAUCUCUCCCUAACAGUUGGAGGUAUUCUUCUAAUAUUCGUGCCCCACCUCCUUUAUCAUAUAAUCCCCUUCUUGCUCCUUUCUAUCCUCCAUCAGCAGCCAAGCAACCCCCUUCCACAAGUCCCAAAAUCAAGCCUAAGACCAAAGAAAAACCUAAAGCUCCCCCAAAGCACCUUAACGCCUUAGAUAUUAUGAAGCACCAGCCUUAUCAGUUGGACUCAUCACUGUUCAAGUAUGACUCAGCCCCUGAAGCCAAAAGCCCCAGCCCCAGCCCCAAACCAACUCCAGCAUCAAAGUUUGAGGCUGCCAAAAGCCGUAAACAGAAAUCUGCCCCUUCUCAUUCUACUUAUACUGCCCCUGAGCUUGCAGCUCAAAGCAAAGCAGAAGUCCCUGCUAAGUCUUCCGUUUCGGGAUUUGGUAGAAGCCGCUCCCUGAGCCUGCCCAAGCGAUUGAAUUCGCUGUCUUCGCAUGGACUUCUGUCCCCUGUGAGCACACCUGGAAUCCAAUCAUCAUUUUUACCUACACAGAGGCAAACAUCCUUUCAAGAAAAAGUCUACAAGGCACCAUCACCAUGGGAGGCAGCAUCUAGAAGCCCCAUUGGUUCCAUUGAUGAGGCCUUUAUGUUUCAGACUGUCCCAUCAUCGAUUGCCUCCAAUGUCAAAGCUGCAGGACACCGCAGGUCUCUGCCAGAGCCUCCUGAUGAAUGGAAGCGCAGGGUGUCUCUUGAUCCUGCAGCUGUUGGCAUGGGUCAUUACCAUGCGGCCCCAGCUUUUCAGGCACCGUCCAUGAGCAGGACAUUUUCACCUGAGAAACAAGCCUUCUUCGGGCCUCCCUUCAGACCUGCCCAGCCUUUAAGGCCUGCCAGCAGGGCGAGUAUUGGAUACAUGGGAAAGGGCAUGAGUACAACAAAGUACUCUCCCUUGCAUAGUGCAAUCUAGAGAAGUUAAGACCACUAUAUCAGUUUAAGAGAAAUAUACAUUUAUACCAACAUAAAUAAUAUAUGGGAAAGAAGAUAAUGCUAAGUAUGCUAAGGAUGAAAGAUAAAGUAAACUUGCCCAAAAGAGACGGAAUAUGUUCAAUCUUCUGCAAUGAAAAUUUUUUUUUGGCUUGUUUUGCUUCAGACUUAUUCAGAUAUUUUAGAUCAUUUUAUUUUAGAUAAUAUGUUAUAUUAAUGGCAGUGACUGGUCUUGCAUGAAAAAAAGUCACUCUUCAUAGUGUGAGUGGUGACCUGUUUUGAAGGACACAGUAACUUUGGAACACUGUUACUAUUGUGCCGUGUUGUUGAAUGUGAGAUAUUACCCAGUGAAGCACUGAUGGGAGUUUUUGUAAGCAAUCAUUUCAGAAUAAUUUUUGUGAUUUUCUUUUUUUUUUUUGAGAGAGAGAGAGCGAGAGACAGAUUUAGGACAGACGUGGACCACUACAGUCAAGAAAAGUUUAAGCAAUGUGUUAUGAGAGUUGAAGUACAAGUAGACGAAAGAAAUGUUUGGCGGAUUGCCUUUUUUGAGUUGAGUGGUGUUGCUCACUGAAGAUGCUGUUAAUUUUGACAUUGUUGGCUAUAAAUAUUUGGUGAGAAAUAAGGCACUUCAAAAAAUCUUAUGUGUGGCUUUUCAGUCAUUAACUGCUGCUGUAUCUGUAACUCACUGUGGCUUUGUGAUCACUCUUUCAGGUUGGAGUUAUGCAUAUUCUUUUACAUCUAAAUGUUUCAUACAAUGAUAACCAUUACAAAUAUUACAAAAUACAUAUAUUUGUUCUUUCUCUCACUACUAUAGCAGUAGUGAUGACAAGUAUAUUCAAAGAGUGAACAAUUCUAUUUAUCUAUCUUUAAUAAUUACAUAAAUACUAUUUCUAUCUGCACUAAGGAAGUUGCAGUGUCCCACAUUUCAUCAUACACUGUGUGGUGUUUCUGCCAUUGAUGUUGUCAUUUGUCUAUCCUAUCUGGCUAAACGUUUGGACAUUUUAACUUGUGGUUGAUCAGUUUCUUGAGUAAAAUGUUAUUUUUCACACCUUUCACACACAAAUUGAAAAAUUAAAAAUACCUGAAAAUCUUACAGUGUUUUUUUGGGGUGGCUUUAUGUCAAAGCUUGAAGUCCAUUGACAUUAUGCUAAAACAAUAACAAUGCAUAUUACUGUUUAAAAAUUGAAUGGACAGGGAACAGUUAAACAGAUAUCACCACAAAACUUCUCCCGUUGAUUUCUUGCAUUAAGACAAGAUUCUUUGCAUUACACAUUUUCUCAAAUGUUAUUUUUAAACAUGCAAAUGAGGUAAUACCUGAUCAAAUACACUUUUGCAUUUGCAUGACUGUCAAGAACAUAAAUCAGAACUAAACAUUUAAAGAGAUAUACCAAUGUAAAUUCAAUCCAUGAUCUCACACAACGUGACACAGAGUAACCCUUGUGGGGGAGCCUGGCGAGUGAUUACUAUUACUAUUAUUAUAUGAUUAUUACUCCAUGGAAAUGCAAUCAAA